UCCUGCGCGGUCCACACUUCCCCUAGGCUGCCGGUCCGCUUCCGGGGUCCCGGCGCGCACGCGCACUCGUAGGAGUGUUUUGACAGCUCCGGGCGAGAAGGAGCAGGUGUUCCGAGAGUGGGCAGCGCGCCGCCUAGUGAGAGCUGGCAUUAUGGCGAACCUGGGAAGCGAGGCCGAGCGGGAGCCCCUCUUGGGCCCCGGAUCACCCGGAAGCAGGUUCACAGGCUUGGGGACAAGCACCUGGACGACUGAACUGUCUCCACCACUGUUUGCUUUAUAUUUAGAGACGGGGUCGCCUGAAACCUUGGCCUCAACUGCAGUAGACUUACAUACAUGUAGAAAUCUGUCUUGGAAUGUUUGUGACUGCCAGAAGCUAAGACUGCUGUUGCGUAAAGACUCUCAAAGCAUUUACUUCUCUCUGCAGAUUGAUCAGACAGCUGAUGCAAGUUUUUUGGGCUGGGUUAUUGCUUCAUAUAGUCUUGGCCAAAUGGUAGNUUCACCUCUAUUUGGCUUAUGGUCUAAUUAUAGGCCGAGAAAAGAACCUCUNAUCGUCUCCAUCUCNAUUUCGGUGGCAGCCAACUGCCUAUAUGCGUAUGUCCACGUGCCAGCUGCUCAUAAUAAAUACUACAUGUUGAUUGCUCGUGGAUUGGUAGGAUUUGGAGCAGGAAAUGUUGCCGUUGUCCGAUCAUACAUUGCUGGUGCUACUUCCCUUCAGGAAAGAACAAAUGCCAUGGCUAAUACAAGCACAUGCCAAGCCCUGGGCUUUAUUCUCGGUCCAGUUUUUCAGACUUGCUUUGCACUCAUUGGAGAAAAAGGUGUGACAUGGGACAUCAUCAAGCUGCAGGUCAACAUGUACACAGCACCAGUUUUACUUGCAGCCUUCCUGGGAAUUCUAAACAUUAUUCUGAUUCUUUUUAUAUUAAGAGAGCAUCGUGUGGAUGACUUGGGACGUCAGUGUAAGAGUGUGAAUUUCCAAGAAGAAAAUACAGAUGAACCUCAGAUUCCUGAAGGAAGUAUUGAUCAAGUUGCUGUUGUGGCUACCAAUAUUGUGUUUUUUGUGGUUUUGUUUAUCUUUGCUGUUUAUGAAACAAUCCUCACCCCACUAACACUGGACAUGUACGCCUGGACCCAGGAGCAGGCUGUGCUCUAUGAUGGAAUCCUCCUUGUUGCUUUUGGAGUCGAGGCAGUUCUUGUCUUCAUGGGGGUUAAAUUACUUUCCAAAAAGCUUGGCGAGCGUGCUAUUCUCCUGGGAGGAUUUGUGGUUGUAUGGGUCGGCUUCUUUAUCUUGUUACCCUGGGGAAAUCAGUUUCCCAAAAUACAGUGGGAAGAUUUACACAACAGCUCAACCCCUAAUACUACAUUUGGGGAAAUAAUUAUUGGUCUUUGGAAUUCUCCAAGAGAAGAUCACAGUGAACAGCCAACUGGGUGCCCAAUUGAACAGACCUGGUGCCUGUACACCCCAGUGAUUCAUCUGGCCCAGUUCCUGACAGCUGCUGUGUUAAUUGGAACAGGCUAUCCAGCCUGCAGUGUCAUGUCCUAUACAUUAUACUCAAAAGUUCUAGGACCCAAACCUCAGGGUAUAUACAUGGGCUGGUUAACCACUUCUGGAAGUGCAGCACGGAUUCUUGGGCCUGUGUUCAUCAGCCAUGUGUACACUUACUUGGGCCCACGAUGGGCCUUCAGCCUUGUGUGUGGGAUAGUAGUGCUCACCAUCUUGCUAAUAGGAGCUGUUUACAAAAGACUCAUUGCCUUUUCUGUCAGAUAUAUGAGGAUCCAGGAGUAAGUUAGAGAGUCUGUGCUGCCACUGUCUUCAACUCAACAUUAACUGACUUUGAAUGGUAGGAUGUAUAAAAACAUUCUGAAUCAUAAUCUCCUUAUCAAAGGUGAGCUGCUUUCAUAUCAUACUUUACUGGAGUCCCAUGAACUCAACAGUGAAAAGAUAAUGGUCUGUAGGUAUGAAACUACACUUAGUGUGAACUGUAGGGCUCUGUCUAAAGCAAUGGACUAUGCAGUGGAACUGGACAAAACUUCUGUAUUAAUUAAUCAGAGCCAACAUUUAGUUUAAAAAAUGAAACAUUUUUUAAACUAAAUAAAAAUAUUUUUUCAUUAAUGUUUUUAAAAAAUAAAAAUGCAUUAUUAUUCAACUUCCUAAUGAAAUAAAACUGAGCCUUAAAACCUGAACACCAUUCUUUCCACCUUAUACUACAUGGUCUUCUGAAGCUGUCAGCAGUAAAUGAUGGCAAGCAGGAUUUUGCUUCAGCUAGUUUGUUUUGUCAGACACUGGACGUCCUCUCCUGCCAUUCUGUGUUUUCUUUCAUCUUUGGAUCACUGCUGACCUUAAAAUUCUACCUUUGUGUGGUAUGCCCAGAGACAGAAAUAACCAGUGAGAACGAGAGCACGCCAACGUUUCUGUGUAAUUCACAGUAGUGUCUCACAGCAAGCUUAGAGCUGAAGGUAAGAUCCUGACCUGUGAUACACAUGAAUGAAGUAUACAAGUCACUUGUCUUCAGAGACUACCUCAUGACUGCUGCACUUCCUACAGGAAAACUGCAAGAAACCAUUUCUACUUGUGACUCAGAUUUGCAGAUAUUUGGGGAAAAAGUAAAGUGCACUGAGUGAAGAAGCCUUUAUCUUAGCAUACAUGUUCCCAGCAAGAACGUGACAGACAUUUCCCAGCCCUAGAAUUCUAAUACUGCCAUUCAGAAAGCUACAACCCAGCAAAAUGACUGCACCUUCUUUGUUACUGAGACACUCGCUUCCUGGGAGAUUAGACUAACAUCACCUCAACACCAAAGUGAGGGAAGUAAGAGGUAUAGGGGAGGGAGCUGAGAGGUAAAAACUGUUAAAUAGUGUAUAUUAAAGGAGUGGGGAAAAAAAAAGAGUGAAAAGGGGCAAUGGUCUUAUUUUUGCAAGUCUAGCAAAGGAUUAUUUUUUUAUUCUGAAUGUACUGUCACUUCAUAAAGCAUCUCUAGCCAUUAUGCUUUUCUAUUUAAAACAAGCUCUUUUCUUUUAUGAAAAUGAAAUAAGCUUGUAAAUUUUAAUUUAAUGAAGAUAAACUACUGUUUGGAUCUGACUACCAUUUACUGUUGAAGAUUUAUUGUAACUUUGUUCCAUUUUGAGUAUUCAUUUCAAAUAAAGCAAGACUGUAAGAAGGACCUGAA